CCAAAGGAGAGGAGGCCUGAGCCCCAGGGUGGGCACCAGCCAGCCAUGGCUGCAGCGGAGACCGCCUUGCCCUCCAUCAGCACGCUGACCACCCUGGGCCCCUUCUUGGACACACAGGAAGACUUCCUCAAGUGGUGGCGCUCUGAAGAGGUGCAGGACUUGGGCCCAGGCCCCCCCGACCCCACAGGGCCACCCCUUCACGUGAGGCCUGAGUUGGAGGACACGCCCGGGGAGGACGAGGACGAUGAGAGGGACGCGGCUACCCCCUGGGACCUGGAUCUCCUCCUCACCAACUUUCCGUGCCCAGAGCCGGGCAGCGCGCCCCAGACCUGCGUCCCCCAGACUUGCGCUCUGGCGCCUGGCGAAGGUUCCGGGGUUCAAUUCCCACUGUCGCCCGAGACUCUGGGCCCAUACGCGGGCGGCCCGGGGCUGGUGGCUGGGCUCUUGGGUCCCGAAGAGCACCCGGGCUGGGCGCGCCCGGCCCCACGAACCCCGGCUCCCGAUGCCUUCGUGGGCCCAGCCCUAAUUCCAGCCCCCGAGCCCAAGGCGCUGCCGCUGCAGCCGAUGUACCCGGGACCGGGUGCGGGUUCCUCCGGCAGCUAUUUCCCCCGGACGGGGAUUUCAGUGCCUGCAGCGCCGGGAGCCCCCUACGGGCUGCUGUCCGGGUACCCUGCGCUGUACCCGAUGCCGCAGUACCAAGGGCACUUCCAGCUCUUCCGCGGGCUCCAGGCUCCGGCGCCCGGUCCCGCCACGCCCCACUCCUUCCUGAGUUGUCUAGGGCCCGGGACGACGGGUGCAGGACUCGGGGGGACCACAGGAGACCCAGGAGGGACCGCGGAGGCCGCGCCAUCCAAGCGCAGCAGGCGAUCGUGGGCGCGCAAGAGGCAGGCUGCGCACACGUGCACGCACCCGGGCUGCGGCAAGAGCUACACCAAGAGCUCUCACCUGAAGGCGCAUCUACGCACGCACACAGGGGAGAAGCCAUACGCCUGCACGUGGGAUGGCUGUGGCUGGAGGUUCGCGCGCUCCGACGAGCUGACUCGUCACUACCGAAAGCACACCGGUCAGCGUCCCUUCCGCUGCCAGCUCUGUUCACGUGCUUUUUCGCGCUCGGAUCAUCUGGCCUUGCACAUGAAGCGUCAUCUUUGA